AUGACGCGGGUGACCUUCAAUGUCCCACCAGUCACAAGUAAAAUCUCAUCAUUAUUGCAUUUACACAGAGACAAUUCGAGCACAAAAGUCAACCCCGUAUUCAACAAACCAAUCAACACAACCUCCUGCCCUCAUCAUCGACUGGCGAGGGUUUUCUACCUCGCAUCACUCACACUACUCUUCUUCAUUGCCAUACCAGUCGUCGCUCUGGAAGCUCGCAGUUAUAGCUUUGUUGAGGACAAUCAAUCUCAAGGCUUCAUCUUUGAGACCACAGAAAGAGAUGACGCACCUGGUGUCGAGGUCAUCAUGGCGGCAUUACCACGAAGGUUACAACAGGCCCCUGCAAAGAUGGCCCUGAUUGCGGCUGUACUCAGCAUCUUCAUCAGCGCAGCACACUUGAUAUUUCUAGGUUUAGACUGGAAAAAUGGCAAGAGAGUGCGUCCGAACCUUGUUGAUUCUAUACAGGACGCGCUGACAGGUGACUAG